AUGCCGAUCGAUAUUGCAAGAUAUAGCAAAUUGAUCUCCCCAAAGGACAUGGGGCGUAAUGAAGAGAGAGAGGAAAAGUUGCUCGAGAGGUGUCCUCCUGGCCAUGAGGGCACAAAGUUGAUCGACAUACCCGCUGAAGGAUCUUCAACUCAGCUGAGGAAUGAAAUUUGGGCGGCCUCGGAUUUGCUAGCUCCCAUGCUCAAACAAAGCAUAAAGCUCAAUGGGAUUUGGCAGACUAAUCAACAGUGGUUCACACCAAGCUCGGAAAAUGAUGUCCUAACUCCCGGAUGCAUUAAUUUAUCUCCGGCAUGGUUUCACCAGGGGCACGAGAAUCAGUCCGAUCUGGAGGUAUCUGCAUCAUUGAAGGGACCAUCCUCCGAGAACAUCCUCAAAGCCAUUGCAAGGCCAGCAGCCAUUGCCACAGCGGCACUCAGGGUGAUGCAUCCUGAGCAGUACUGGGCAGGGUUGCAAGCCUUUGCGAGCCUCGGAGAAAAGGCACGAAGCAAGGAACUGCCGAAGAUGUCAGAGACUCUCCAGUACUGGGCAACGGUGUUUAACAGCCUCACCAUCAUAUGCAAUCGGGAAACCCCGAAUGAUCAAGACCCCUCAUCGAUUUCCAAAUGCUUCGAUAUUCUCACUAGUGUGGGGAAUUAUUCUAAUGCUCGGAUGAGUAUGCCAAGCCUGCAGCUGGAGUUAAGGUACGAUCCGGGGUGCAUGAUUGCGUUUUCGGGAAGGAUUGUCAGACACACGGUUCAUGCAGUGGAAGGGGAUCGGAUUGCCUGGGCAUGGUAUAUGAGGGAUGCUGUUCAUGUUUAUGCUGGGAUUCCGUCGUGUGGAUGGGCAAGGUUGGAUUGGAAGAAGUAG